AGAGAAUUCAAAUUUCUCGCUGACUCCCAUUCCCCAACACCACCACGGACCACCACCACCGCCACUCAAUCCGUCGCUCUCCUCCAUCUCCUCCUCCUGCCCCCGCCGGCGAUCACUGCCGCGCCCUCCUCGGCGGGGGGCCACUCCGGAAGUACGCGAUGAAGCUUAAGAUCAACAAGGCGUGCGACCUCGCCUCCAUCUCCGUCCUCCCUCCCCGGAGGACCAGAGGGAGCAGCGGUGGCGGAAUGAGCGCGCCUGCUGCUGCUUCCGCGGCGCCGCAGCAGCGGUCCCAGUCGAUGUCGCAGAAGUCCUUCUCGCAGGACGGUGGUGGCGGGACGAGCGCGCCUUCUGAUGCUUCCGCAGCGCAGCAGCAGCGGUCCCAGUCGAUGUCGCAGAAGUCCUUCUCGCAGGGCGGCGGCGGCGCGUCCUUCUCGCAGGGCAUAGGCAGCGGAGGCGCGUCCUUCUCCCAGGGCAGAGGCGCGUUCUUCUCCCAGGGCAGCGGCGGCGGGGGCGCCGCGUUCUCUCAGGGCGGUGGAGGCGGAGGCGCGGCGUUCUCUCAGGGCGGAGGUGGCGGAGGCGCGGCGUUCUCUCCGAGCGGAGGUGGCGGAGGCACGGCGUUCUCUCAGGGCGGAGGUGGCGGAGGCGCGGCGUUCUCUCAGGGCGGAGGUGGCGGAGGCGCGGCCUUCUCGCAGGGCGGUGGCAGCGCGUCGCUCUUGCACGCGCAGUCGCAGCUCUCGCAGGCCUCCCUCAACGAGAGCCUCCUCAGCCUCCUCUCGCAGGCUCCCGCGCGCGACCAGAGAUUUGCCAUGAAAGAGGACCCGUCGAAGCGGAUGUCUUCGUAUCCUGCCAGUUCAGCUUCUUCUUGUAUGCGCGAUGAAUCUCAGCUACAACUUGCAAAUGUACCAACCAACCCUAUCCACCGCUGGAGCCCCUCUCUUCCGGAUAGCAGAUGUCAGGUUAAUGAGGAUGUUGAGCGCAAAUUUCAGCAUCUGGCAAGUUCAGUACAGAAGAUGGGAAUGAUAUUAGACUCUGUGCAAAAUGAUGUGAUGCAGUUAAACAGAGGCAUGAAGGAGGCAUCACUAGACUCUGGUGGCAUUCAGAACAAGUUUGUGAUCCUAGAGGACUCUCUAAAGCAAAUUCUUAAGGGACAAGAUGAUCUCAAAGCACUCCUCAAGGGAAGCACGAAAAGUAGUCCUGACCAGCUGAGUAUUCUCACCAGCAAAAUGGAUAAGAUAUCCUCGAUACUUUCAGUCUUGCCAAAGCAAGUUCAAACAGAAUUCGAGCAAUUCAAGGGUGACAUCUUUAGGAUUUUUACAAAAGAGAUGGAGGGGAUCGUUAGAGCUGUCAGAUCUCUCGAUAGUAGGCUGCCCGGUGCGAUGCAAAUGCUGGCAGACCAGAGCUGCACCACCAAUGCAAAACCCCUGAUGAACCAGACAGCAGUAGAAAAUGGAAGCCCCCUGAUGAACCAAGGACCGGUAGCAGACAGAAGGCCGCAGAAGAAACCAACGGCAAUAGCAAAUGGAAGGCCCAAGAGGAAGAACCAAACGGCAGCAGCAAAUGGAAGGCCCCAGAGGAAGAACCAACCAGCAGGAGCAAAUGGGAGGCCCCAGAGGAAGAAACCAACAGAAACAGCAGCAAAUGCAAAGCCCCAGAGGUACCUCACACGAGUGGCAAAUGGAAGGCCCCAAGUGAAACAAACAGAAGCAGCAGAUGGAAGGUCGCAGACGAACCAGAAACCCGAGGCAAAUGGGAAAGCCCUGAUACCAGUAACAAAAGCCGUUCCUGCUGCACCUGUGGUUUAUCAGCGAAAGGCGGUUGAUCUGGAGCCAAAGCUGGAACACAGGAUGGUACAGAAAUUGGCUGGCCCAAGCUACAGCAGGCCAGCGCCACCUAAAGAGCAAGAGUUGGCCAUUCAGAAGGUCAAUACAGAGGCGCCAAUCAACAAGAUGCAGGCCAUGCUGGGCAUUCUCAUGGACUCGGAUGACGACGACGACACUGAGGGGGGCGACAGCGACUGGAGCGCCUCCUGCGUGAUCCUGAAGUUGGAAGCAGGGCGUGAGGGUGAUGAGGUGGUGCCGGAGGAGGCGACGAGCGAGGGGGAGGGGGAGGCCCUGGAGAUCCUGCGGCGGGCGAGGAAGCGGCGGCGGAGGGAGGCCAACGCCAACGCCAUCGUGCUCGUCCAAGACCAAUGCUGAACAGAAGCUCGUAUAGCAACCCAACGGUAACGCGUGGUUCCUACGGUGGGUCAACAGACAGUGUUUUAACAGAGGUGUGGUUAACGGGGCAUACAGGACAGGUUACAGAGGCCGGGAGAGGUAAAAAUUCACACACUAUCUCACCGUGUGGUGAUGCGAUGUACAGACAGAGACAAGUACCUUUUCUUCUUUUUCCCUUUGCACAGACGAAAUGGAGGCUCGUACUGCUAAGCAAGUUUAAGAUUUUUCGGAAAAGGAGUUGAACUCUAGAGAUGUUCUCACUGAAAACUUGAUCGAGAACGAAGCUUUGUUAUUGGAUCAAAAUACUCACGUCUCUUAAAUCAUGAUCAGAGUCAAGGCUAGCUUGUAGUUAUCUCAUUAUGCGAUAGCAAUGGAGAAGCAUAACGCGUGCACAUUGCUUCACUUUUGUUGAUCUACGCAAGUUAUGCGUACUUCACAUAUAUCGUAGUUGGGGGCUUAGUUCUCCCUGUUCUUUCGUUGUUUGUGGUACAAUCAGUGUGAGGAAACUCAAAUAUCAUGCACGUUUGGUUGGUCAGAGUUACAAUCUCCAUGUAUAGCUACAGAAUGUCAGUGUGUUGGCACUUCGAAUUCUAACAAACAAUAUGUUAAGUUUCUAGGAUGAACAUAUGCAUGAAUAUGCCUAGUACUCUACUUGGUUGCUGCUACUAUUUGUUUUCCACUAUCGAAGCGAUAACGGAACAAGCGGCUGAAGGCCCAACUCCUAAAACCAUGUCUGGAACGUACUGUUAGCAGAUCUUCGAGACAUGCAGAAAACAAACAUACUAGAGCAAAAGAAGAUUACAAGACCCCAGAGGGGUCUGGCAACUUGCACAAUCUGAAGUUAUCAUGCAUCAAUCCUGCAGAACCAACAUCAGGACCUUCGUUGUGUCAUCAGUCAUCUUUAGUCUUCUUCCAUCCGGUCUUCACUCUGCGCCUCCAGCGUCAGCUGAACCCUUGAUGCUCCCCCACAUUUAGUCGCUAGUAUUGGAUUUUAUUUAUUUCAUUUCUUCUGUUGGGUAAUUUCCCGGGGAUUAGAGCUAGGAAUCAAGUAACUGAAAGUUGCGCGCAUGCAAAUAUUACAAUAAGACCUUUUUUUUAACAAGAUUUAAGUGUUUCUGUAAAGUACAGUAGCUUUCUUGUAAAUACAUUAUCUGAUUUGCUGAGUUGCCUACUUUAGGGACAAGUACACGAAUGGCACCACUAAUUCUGUUAGAGGGGAGAAAACACCUGGCGGCCACCACCGGCCUUCCCCUCGACUUCCCGCGCAUCCCCCUCCCUCCGCCGCCGCCGGCAACGUCGCCGGGCAAAGCCCCUGUGGCGCGGCGGCGGCGGACCUCUGCGUCUGGGGAUCUGAGGCGGCGGGAGCCAGAUCUUGGUCCUCCUGCGGGCAGCGGCGGCCGGGGCGCGGCGGUGGGCUUGUUGCAGUCGGCGGGGAUGGCGGGAGGCGGCGGCGUGCUAGGCGGGCUCGAUCUACACCUCACCGUAUUCAACAGGAGACUGCACGCCACUGUCAGACGUCUGAAGUCUGGAGUACUGACGAUGGUCCAUCCUCGGAACCUGACAAAGGCGGGCUGCUGCCGUUGCGCUUCAACCUGCUGCCUCUCAUCGCAGCGGUGAUGAUUCGUGGAGGUUCUCCGGUUCUGCCACGCAUGACGAGGAUUAUGGCGGUGGCGAUCUCCUCCUCGGCCGGAGGUGGCCAGCCGGUUUGUGGUUGGUUUGGCGGAUCUCGCGAUCUGUCAUCUAGUCCCCGGUUGCGGUCUUCGUGCUCUUUUCGUAUCGCGGCAAUUUCCUGCAUGAUCAGUCCUCCAUGAUCUGGUUAUCUGACGUGUUCCGGAACGGCCGGUCGGCCGCCAGAGAAUUUGCUCAGGAUAUCUGGUCGUGCAUGUCCAUAUAAGCCUACCAGGUUUUGAUGGGUGGUGCGAAGCUCUGUUGACGGAUGACACGUUGGGACAUGUCGGCUUCUUGAUUUUCAUGGUGGAGACAUCAGUGGAGGUCAUGGUGGCCAAGAUUGGAGGGUAGUUACACAGACAUAGUCUUGGAGGCGAUGGAGUCAGCCAGGUGUUAGAUGACUCUCAGGAGCAGCAGUGAUAAGUGGGAGGCGGCAACAUUGGGGGAUUUCAUCUUAGGUGGUACUCCUCGGGUGUCGAGUCGUGGCUUUCAGGGGUGAAAACCUAAGGUCUGACCUUCAUUGGUUGUGCCUGGCGAUUGCCUUGCUGAAGAAAUUGUUUUGAGAGCGCGGACUUUCUUCAGGGUGAAAACCAAAAACUUGGAUCGGGCAACGACGGCGCGUAUGCACUAUUCUCUUCUUGGAGGUGUUGUUUUUGGAGAUCUUUUAUGUUUUCCGGGUGUUGUAUUUGGUGGUGGUAUGAGUGCUCCUGUUGAGAGGAGUUGAUCCCUAUGGCGGGACCUUUAUUUUUUUCCUUUCUUUUUAUUUUCUACUUUAGCUGUGUGCAUUCUGGAUGUCUCGGCGACAUCUUGUAUUUUUUGAAACUCCUCGGCGACAUCUUGUAGAUGCAUAGGCCAGGUGUAAUUGAUAUCUUCAUGAUAUUAAUAUAUUUCUCUUUUAAAGAAAAA